UUCAAUACGUGUCAAGUGUUCGAGUAGUGAGGACGUUGAUCUUGCCUUUAACUAAUUACUGCUUCAACUAUACAUCCAGAUAUUCCUGUCGCUUAGUUUUCUUGUGUUUCAUAAAGUUUGUGACGAUUUUGUAAAACAUAGCUUGCAUACGGGAUACAGGAAAUUACUAUAUAUGAUAUCGAGUGCGGCAGUAUUUAAACUGCGCAUUCAACAAUCAUGUAAAUAUUGAGUACAGAAUAGUAAAGUAAUUGAACGCGGAUACGUCGAUUAGUCUGAAAUUCAAACCGCACAACCGCAACGUUUUUUGAUCAAGUCAAUCUGAAGAUUCAACGAUUACUCAUCCGACGAGUUGCGGUAUCAGUUAUACCAGGUUUACAGAAGCCCGCGGUUCGAACGCUACGGUCACGUGGAAGCCCCGUCUUAUCGACCGUUGGUUUUGGCCGCGAUGAUUGGCUCAGCUUAAGUCACGUGACACUUGACGUAAGGAACCUGCCGUCUGCUCAGCCGUCGGAGCGAGCGUCUGCCUGUUAUAUCAACUUGUCACAGAGAACGAGCCAUCGCUGGCCGCGAGGGAACAAAGGAGGAUCGCCGUUGCUUCAUACGGCGAUACACGACGUCGGAUUCUGGACGAGUUUUUUAAUCGACACACACAGGCAUCGAGCGAACACCCACACAGCAUCAAAAAGACCUUUUUAAAGGUCGCAAAAACAACCCAAUAUGUACAGCAUGAACUACAUUGGAAAGUUCAUCAGCAACUUUAGGGACUUUUACAAUGAAAUAAACGCUGCUACUCUAACUGGUGCCAUUGACGUGGUCGUUGUCGAACAGCCUGAUGGAUCUUUUGCCUGUUCACCUUUUCACGUCAGAUUUGGAAAACUAUGUGUCCUUCGAUCGAGGGAGAAAGUGGUUGAUAUCGAAAUAAAUGGAGAACCACGUCAAAUUCACAUGAAGUUGGGUGACUCUGGGGAAGCUUUUUUCGUUGAAGAAGUUGGCUGCGGAGGUUCACCAACUGACACAGAAAUUCCACCGCAUCUUGCAUGCUCUCCAAUUCCACAUGACAGUUGUUUUCCACAGCAAAGGGAGAGUGGAACUUUGUUUCUCAGGUUCAACCUGCUCUCGGAACUUCCGCAAGAACAACGUGAGAAGCUACUUAGAGAUUCGGUGCUGUCAAUAGAGCGUGAGAAAUGGGAGGAAAUGUCAGCGCUGCCGUCAGACGAGCGUGAGAAAUUUCUUGUAGAACAGUUUUCGGAUCUCCCAAUAGAGCACCGUGAAAAAUGGCUUCAAAUAGCGUCAAUGACUACAGAGGAACGUGACAAAAUAUUUCGCGAAAAUUUCGGUGUUAUAUCUACCGAACAAAAGCAGAAAAUGAUACGCGAGCAAUACUCUGCACUUAAGACUGAGGACAGAGAAAGACUGUUUAAAGAAAAUUUUCCAGAACUGCCGGUAGAGCAAAGACAGAAGUUCGAAUUUGCUUUGCUCAGUGAUUGGAAAGGCAAAGAGGAAGAAAAGUGGGAUGAUAAUCAGAUUGACUCUAAGCACGAUGACGAGGAGAUAUUCAAUAUGGAUAAUAUCGAUGGAGAGGAACCAAACCCUGCCUCGGCUGUAGCACCUGUGAAAACCUUCAACGCUGUUGCUUCUAAUACAAGAAUUCGUAAAAUAAGCAUUGUGCAUAAUGAAUUCCGGCCAAUAACGGAUGAUCCUCAAAGCAGUUCCAAGGAAAAGUCUAGUGACGAAUCAAACGUUUCUUUAUCCAAGAAAAAUUCCAAGGAUGAAACUAUUGAGGAAACGAAAGGUAGCAAUGGGUCCAAGAGAAAACGCAAGAGGAGAAGCAUUAUGAAGAAGAAAGGAGUGCAAAGAAAAACUAGUAAUGGAAGCAGUAGUCAGACUGAAAUGAGCGAAAAUGACGUCGUAGCUGCCGACGAAUCUCAGAGCGAACCUAUAUUAAAGGGCCCGAGUCCGGUUGUCGAAGUCGAAACCAAUAACGCUUCAGCUGAACCUACGGAAACCCACUUGUCAUCCUUGUCGCAAGAAAUUACAGUCCCGCGUCAAGAAUCAGAUUUUCAUUUCUUCAGUGACACAGAAAUCACAAAAAAUCGGGAGUCUCGGCCUCGUUCUCCAGUUCAGUCUGAUACAGAAUUUGAAAUGCGUAAGCUCACUGAAGAUAGAGCUGAAAUUGAGGAUGAGAAGACGCAUCAGCAGAGCUGGAGAUGGGGAGAAUUGCCAAGCCCUCCUCCCGACUCUUCUCUACCAUCGCAUAGGAGCUCAUUGAAUACUUCGACAGUAGCCAAUCAGCCUACUGACUUCGACGCCCAUCAAUCGAUUUUGAGUCGUACAUUGGCCUACAUGAAGCGGACAAAUUCUCGCUUUGUACGUAAUCCAGAAUCAGAUGGAAUAUAUUUGAGCGAUCUGAAUGCAGACGAACUUGACCCCGAAGUUGCUGCUCUUUAUUUGCCAACGUCUCAUCACAGGGCAACUAUUGCUAAAGGUGGAAAAAGUCUGGACGAAGAAGACGCAGAAUCUGGAAAUGGUCCAAGUCUACCUCAGAGUCCAAACAGCGUUGAAGGAGCCAUCGGCGGCCCUAAAUCGCUGGACAGUGAUUUUGAAGAGCCAAAACAUUCCCUAUUCGAUAGCAAUGCUGACGUCACGUUGUCUCUUUGUGGUGGCUUAGAUUCCAAGGAUGGACCAUCUGAGGAAACAUUCCAUCAAAACUUGCUUCACUUUGAAGAUGUCUGUAGUGAUCCAAAACUAUUCGAAAAUCCAAGUUUGGUCAUAAAAAUUAACGGAAAGUUUUAUAACUGGGCUAUGGCCUGUCCCAUCCUCAUGACCUUGGCUGCUUUUCAAAGGCACUUGCCCCAGAGUGCCGUAGAGAAUUUAUGUGCUCGUUACAUGCUGACUCCAGUUCACGAGGACGAGAAACAGCAAAGUGGGGGCAAAACUGAGGGUCGUACUGGUUACAGCUCUUGGUUUUCAUGGAGUCGCUCCAGUCAGCCAUCUAAAAAACAAAAGGAUUUAUCAGAAGUUGAUGGCCCAAUAAUCGGCCAAACUCAACAACAGCUUAUUGGAGUUAAAGAAGCUUCCCUAUCGGAGAGUGUGCCAUCAGUUAGCAUCAGAAUAGAUCAAAAAGAGGAAGAAAUAAUCGAUAUGCACUUGGGAACUGAGGCCGUAGCUCAGACUAGUUUCCCAAAUAUGCCGGAAGAAUCACUCCUUGACAAAGGAGAAAAGACACAUGGUGAGCAAGAGGGAGAAGGUUACAGUGGCAGUGAGGACUCUGACAGCAAUCGCAACGAACCUCAAGGAGUCAAAAUACCAAUAGAAAGAAGACCCUACUAUGAAUCCACCGAAAAAUACAGAAAGACUCUGCGGCUUUCCUCAGAACAAAUUGCCAGUUUGGGUUUGAAGGAUGGUGCAAACGAGGUAGUGUUCAGCGUGACAACCGCUUAUCAGGGUACAACCCGAUGUAGAUGUCACAUUUACAAAUGGCGUUGGGAUGACAAAAUCGUUAUAUCUGACAUAGAUGGUACAAUAACGAAAUCUGACGUGCUAGGACACAUUCUACCGAUUGUUGGUAAAGACUGGGCGCAAUCAGGUGUUGCUCAGCUAUUCACCAAGAUUAAAAAUAAUGGAUACAAGCUAUUGUAUCUCUCUGCUAGAGCUAUUGGCCAGGCUAGGCUCACCAGGGAAUAUUUGAAGAGUAUAAAACAGGGAGAUUUGUCUCUGCCUGAAGGACCUUUGCUACUUAAUCCUACGAGCUUGCUAUCAGCAUUUCAUCGAGAAGUUAUCGAAAAAAAACCAGAACAGUUUAAAAUAUCUUGCCUCAGCGAUAUUCAAGCCUUGUUUCCAGAAGACACCAAGCCUUUCUAUGCUGGAUAUGGAAAUCGUAUAAACGAUGUUUGGGCAUACAGAGCAGUGGGCAUUCCCAUAGUAAGAAUAUUCACGAUCAAUCAUCGCGGAGAAUUGAAGCACGAGCUGACGCAGACAUUCCAAUCCUCAUACUCGAACAUGAGCUAUAUUGUAGAUCAUCUAUUUCCCCCCCUGCCUGAAGAUGCAACUGACGAAUUUAGCAAUUUUGCUUACUGGCGAGAGCCAAUUCCUGAGUUGCCGGAUCUAGAAGUACUAAGCACUGAGACACAAACCACGCAAUAAACGUCUUCACUCGACACCUGAGCAAUAAUAAAUCGCUCAUUAUUUAUUAAAACAGUUGUUCUGUCUAGCUAAGUUUUAUACUCUGUGUAUUGAUGCAGCUGAUGAUCCGGCUGACGUGUUGCUACGAAAUAUUUUGUCUUAUUAUUCAUUCAAAAUUGUCAUUGACUAUAAGAAGAAGAAAAAUUUUGUUGCAAUGAAAGAAUUGACUCCCCGUAUUUUUCAUAGCUUUCUAAUAUUUAUUUCGGUUCUUUUUUCUUUUUAAAUGACUAGCAAAUGAACGACCACUUUUACUUUACUUUACGUUAUGAAAACACAUAGUCUACGUUGUUUAUUCCAAAAACAUUCCAAUAUAGGUGAUACAUAGUGAAACACGUAACUUGUGGACUUCAGUUGUUUAUUUAUUUGUCAAUCUCGGUACUAGUUCCUUGCAUCGCAUACGUCACGCCGGUUUCAUACUGCACCUAGCAGCUUAAGUAGCAGGAACAGCCGGCAGUUACUUGAAUAAAAUCAAUACUACUUGAAAUCUGAGAGUCGGUUAAACGUCGUCAACGUGUUUUGCUUUUGCUUUAAGAGAGAUGAUAAAUUGAAUCUGUAAAAGAUUAGUAUCUGUUGCUUACGACAUACUGCCAGCUUUUCACUGAAAGUGUUUUGAUUGUAAACCAAUAAUUCAGGUGUAUAACAUUUACCUCUUGUCUUGUCCAUGUUACUCAGACAAUUAUUAUUUAUUUUCUUUAAAUGAGAUUUCUGUUCAGUUGGUGUUACAAAUUGAUCAUGGUGAGUUGGAACAUAAAAGGACUGACUUUUGGAUUGUGAUAUUACGAGCAAGGGGAUAGAGAAAGUUAUAUUUAACUAAAUUUAGUAUCUGCUCAAAUUGUUGCACGAAGUGAAACGGAUCUAAAUUACUUUUGUAGAUUUAUUGUUUAAUUUAUUUGAUAUAUUAUGAAUUACUUCUUAAGAUUUCAGGGUAAAUUCUUUAUAAAUGUACAUGUUGUACUGUUAGUUUUGAAAAGGUGAGAAAAUUAAGAGAAAAAUUGAAGAGGUGACAUUUUAUUUUUCAUGUGAUAAAGUAUGAUAAUAGUUGACAUUGAUUAAAAUAACUCAAUCUUUAAUAUUUUCUUAUUGUUGUGUGUAUUACUCUCCGUAUUAUUUUUGUCAUCAAGUAAUUACACAACGCUGAUUGACAAUGCAAUGCGUAAUUACUUUACCAAAGAUCAUUUUCCACUUAGAUUAUACAUAGAUAAUCAUACUUUUGUAUUUAUAAAACCCUUCGAUAAUUUCUUAAUUUUAUUUUUGUCUCUGUAUUUAUUUAUAAAAAGAAUUUGAUGUGAAAAUUGGAAGCGUAUGGCACUGGAAUAAAAAAGAUUUGAGACAUUCACAUCUAGUUAGAAUUUGUAAAAUUACUAUAUGUUGGAUGAAAUAAUUGAUUAUCGUUUAGUAAGACAUGUAUAUAUUAUAAAUUAUUCAGGUUAUAAAUUAGUCAGGUCUGUAAGUCACGUUAUGUAAAAUAUAUAAACUUAUUUCGUAACCAGGUAUUAUUGAUUUUGUUAGUUAAGUAUUAUACUAUCGUAUCUAGUAAGAAAAUUUAGUUUUCAUUUUAGAAUAUGUGUUCGACUAUUUCUUUGAUAUUACCUGAUAAAUAAUUCGAUAUUUCGAGUUUUUCUUGUUAUUACCGAUCCUUUUGUUUAGGUAAUUUCCAGUCGAUAUGACGAUCUGAAUUCCUGUGAUUUGAGGAACAUGAACAACACGUGUACACAGCUAUAUUUCAUUCGCUCACUUCGCUUUACAUUCAGUGUCGUCACAUAAUUGUUGCCUAUAAAUGAUACGUUUUAGUGAUAAUAAUCAUGAAUUAAUGUAUUUUAAUGAAAUCCUCUUGUCAGAGAGCUGAUAUUGCUAUUAGAAUGUCGAACUUAUUUAAAUUCUAACACAUUGAGAGCGGAAUAUAACUUAUUACGAUUGUCAUUCCAAAUUGAGAAAGCAAGUUGCUCGUAAUAAGAUAUAUUACGUAUUUAUAUUUAUUUUGAUGAACGUCAUUAAAAAAGAAUUGACAAGAUUUCUUCUACAAUUCACUCACUAUUUUACAUAAACAUUAUUCACUCCGCAUAGGAACAAACAAUAGGUAUCUUCCGAGGAUAAGAAUAAUUAUGCCUUUUCAAAGUGGAAUGCAGUUUGAGCUCAAAACCUAUUACUAUCAAGAAAACCUUAUCAGUAAAUGGAUUAAAUAAUUAAAUAUGAAAGUUUGAACUAAAUAUUAUCAAGCUCUCUAUGCAACAGUUUAUUCAAUGUAAUAAUCAUAUCUUGUAAUCUACACAAGUUUCAAAUAAUAAAGGGAAAAAAAUAAUUAA